AUGAGAGAAGAAGAUUUAAAAAAAAUCUACAAAGCUUACAAAAAUUGUUCAUUAGAAAUUCCUUAUAGUAAAAUUAAUGAUUUAAUUUCUAAGUCUUAUACAAUUGCAGACACUAUUCCGGUAGAACUGUCAAACUAUAAAAAGCUACAAUAUUUAGAGACAGAAAUUAAAUACACGCUGAAAAAUAUUGAUAAAAAUAUAUUUAAAGGUAGAAGUUGGGAUGAAGAAUAUAAAUUAGGCCUUCAACAAGUAUCUGUUAUUCAUUCUAUUAUAAAAAAACGUAGUUUUGAUAUUAAAUCUAAUUUAAACAAAAUAAGCUUUGUGGCAGUCGCACAAUACAGGAAAUAUUUAUUACGACAGUAUCCGAAUAGUAAAAUGCGUCGUGUUGCUAAAGAAAUUAAUUCAUACAGCAAAAAGUUUGAUAAGGAAAGACGUGAUGUAUCAAAGAAGGUUGAAAAAGCCGCAUUAGAAAAAAGAAAGCAACUUGAAGAAAGUAAAGAAGCAAUGAGGCAGAAAAGAAAAUUUGAAUAUUUGCUUACACAAACCGAACUUUUUUCACAGUUUAUGUUAGGCAAGUCAAAAUUAGAAAAUUUUGAUAAAGAAAAAGUAGUUGAUGAAGAUUUAUUAGAAAUGAAUAAAAAAUUUCAGAUGGCGGCUGCACAGAUUAAACAUAAAGAGCAUCAAAAUGAUAUUAAAAAUAUUGAAGAUGAAGAAAACAGAAAAUUGAAGCAGCCAAAGAUGUUAAAUUGUGAACUUAAAGGUUAUCAAAUAACAGGAUUUAAUUGGCUUGCUAAAUUAUACAAUCAAGGAAUUAAUGGUAUUUUGGCUGAUGAUAUGGGACUUGGUAAAACUGUUCAAUCAAUUUCUCUACUAGCUUAUUUAGCAGAAACAGAAGACAUUUGGGGUCCCUUUUUAGUAGUCACUCCUGUUUCAACAUUACACAACUGGGAACAAGAACUAAACAAAUUUGUUCCUAAUUUUAAAAUUUUAAGUUAUUGGGGUACAUCGACAUACAGAUCUCAAGCCAGGAAUAAAAUAAAAAAAGCCAAUGUUGUACUUACGAGUUAUCAAAUAGCAGUGGCCGAUUUUAAAGUUUUAAAAAAAGUAACAUGGAAGUAUAUGAUUUUAGAUGAAGCCCAGGCUAUUAAAAGUGCAGCAUCUAAAAGGUGGACAACUCUUUUAGCAUUUAAAACAAAGAGUAGAUUGUUGUUAACAGGUACACCUGUUCAAAAUACAAUGAGUGAGUUAUGGGCUUUACUUCAUUUUAUUAUGCCUACGCUGUUUGAUUCUUUGUCAGAAUUUACAGAGUGGUUUUCUAAGGGAAUUGAGGAAUCAGCUGAAAAAAAGAAGGCUGUUGAUGAAAUGCAGCUGCAAAAACUUCAUGCAAUUUUAAAACCAUUUAUGCUACGAAGAUUAAAAAGUGAUGUUAAAACAGAAUUAGGAGAAAAGCGUGAACUAGAAGUUUAUUGUGAUUUAAGCGUGCGUCAAAAGAUAUAUUAUCAAAGUAUAAUUGAUGCUUGUCAAUCUUAUGAAAUGGAAAAUAUUGUUAUGCAACUAAGAAAGGUUUGUAAUCAUCCUGAUAUUUUUGAAAAACUCGAAACAAGUACUAAAUUGAGCAUCUUGCGGCACGAUGAAGAAAGUAGAACUAUUGAAAUGGGUAGAUCAAAACUAAACAUGAAAGUUCCUACUUUUGUAGCUGAUGAUAUUGCAGAAUAUAAUAAUACAAAAUAUUUCUUUGUAAAAAAUAUGAUUAGAAAUAUUAGACAAGAACCUUAUGGCUCUAAUAUAAUAUUAAGUCCUAAAAGCAAAUUAUUAGUAUCAGGUAAAGAAUGUUUUAUUAAUAAUUUUUAUCAAAGUAACACAGACCAAUUUAUCGACAAAAAUAGUACUAGUUUGUUUUACAAUGAUUUGUGUAAACAACUUUGUAGAAACAAUGAUCAAUUUCAAAGAAUUCCUGUUUUUACUAAAAAGAUACUUUCAAUGUUUCCUUAUAUUUACACCAACAAUGGCGAUUAUGUUAAAAUUGAGCAAAUUUCUCUUAAUUAUACUAUCAAUGAAAUAGUUGAUGUCCCACCACUUAAUACAUUUAUUAUUGAUAGUGGAAAAUUGGCUUGUCUUGAUAAACUACUUACAAAGUUAAAACAAGAAAACCACAGAGUAUUAAUUUAUUUUCAAAUGACUAAGAUGAUGGAUCUUGUUGAAGACUAUUGUGUAAAGAAAGAAUUUACUUAUUGUAGAUUGGAUGGUUCAUCUAAAGUAUCAUAUCGAAGAGAUACUGUUAAUGAUUGGCAAACAGGAGAUAAAUUUAUUUUCUUAUUAAGUACUAGAGCAGGAGGUCUAGGAAUAAAUUUAACUGCAGCAGAUACUGUUAUUUUUUAUGACAGUGAUUGGAAUCCGACUGUUGAUCAACAAGCAAUGGAUCGUGCUUAUAGAAUUGGACAAACUAAAGAUGUUACUGUUUACAGAUUAAUUACAAAAAAUACAAUUGAAGAACGAGUUAUUGAAAAAGCUACACAUAAAGGUAAUUUACAAAAAAUGGUUAUAAAAGGUAAAGUUUUUGAAGGGCUUGAUUUUUAG